UCUUCCUCUCAUUGACGUUGAAGACCGCUAUGUCCAGACCUCAACACCAACCACGACCAGACCUCCUUCCUCUCCCCAUGGCUUCACUGUUCUUUGGAUUUGGAGCUCCAGUUUCGGCUUUCUGAGUAUUGGAUUUCCUCAUCUUCUCAAUCUCACCCGUAGGUUUUCUAAUCGAGAUUUUUAUUUUUAGGGUUUCUGUGUUUCUAGGCUCUAAGAGGUAUUUUCGGUGGACACAAGAACAUGGACUUCAUUUUGGAAGGGAGAGGAAGAUAUGAAGUUAGGGUUUCGCGUUUCUGGAUUAGCAAAACCCAUUGUUUGCUCCAUUCGCUCCAACGGUUCUGUAUUAGCAAAACCCAUCGUGUUUCUGGGUUUUGCGUUUCUGGAUUACCCUCCAACGGUUCUCAUAUCAACCCCAUUGUUCGCAACUCCGUCAGUAAAAAACAGAAUUCUGCAAUAGAUGCAAUUCCUGGAUUGGAUUUCCAGAAGGGUUUUAGGGCAAAACAAUUCCUCCUACGAAAUAGAGAUUCAACAAUCCUUUUCCUAGAAGCAAAAGAGGAAGACAAGAUGAAAGUCUUGGAGAUGGUGUUGCCAGAUGGCAUGGCAAACCAAUGAUUUCAACUAAUGAUGGUUAAUGUUUCUUUUUAUUUUGAUGAUGUUAUUUUGAAAUUGUGGAUUUAAGAUUGUGGAUUUUUUUCUUUCAACAUAUCUUGAAUUUGGUAGGAUAUGGUUUCUUUUUUAAUAUAUGAUUGUAAUGUGGAUGGUAGCUUUGAGCAACUGGUGUUUAGGUCCUUGGCAAGACCUGCCAAUUGUUGGUAGGAAAGGUUUUUGAUUUUCAUUGUGGAUGUGGAAUGAAUAUGAUGGAAAGGUUUUUGAUUUUCAUUUAUAUGUGGAAUGGACUAGGCUAGACAAGUUUUUUGA